GCGGCCCAUCAUGGGCUUCUGUCCCCGACAGUACCUUUAGGGCUCUUCGAUUCGAUUGCGUUGGGGGGAGAGAGAGGGCUGUGCUACCGCCGGGGCUGUGGCGUGGAUCCAUCGAUCAAUCAUUCGCUAGCAGCAGCAGUAGCGGUAGCAAGCCCACAUUCUUUCCAAAUUCGAUCUUUUUCUGGGCGGCGCCCGGAUUGUUUCGCGCAGGAGGGGAUUUCUAGGGCUCUAGCGCCAUGGAGUGUGAUGCCAAGCUCCUGGAUCGAGUCCCCACCGGAAAGCCCCCUUUCUCGCUGGGCGACAUCAAAAAGGCCGUGCCCAAGCACUGCUUCCAGCGAUCGCUGCUGCGAUCCUCGGCGUACCUCCUGGCGGACCUCCUGGGCGUCGCGAUCCUCUUCUACCUCACCAGGUUCGUGGAGAUCGUAGCGCCGCCGGGGAUCUUCCAGUGGAUGCUCUGGGGGGCUUACUGGAUCGCGCAGGGCUGCGUGGCUACCGGAUUGUGGGUCAUCGCCCACGAAUGCGGCCACCGCGCAUUCAGCGACUACGCGGCCGUGGACAACGCGGUGGGAUUCGUGAUCCACUCGUGCUUGCUCGUCCCAUUCUUCUCGUGGAAGUACAGCCACGCCCGCCACCACGCAAACAAUGGCAGCAUCCAUCGCGACGAGGUGUUCGUCCCCAAGGAGAAGGAUGGCCUCAGCGCAUUGACGCCAUUCCUCCAGCACACUCCCGGCCGGAUCUUCUCCAUCAUCUUCAUGCUCACGCUCGGCUGGCCGAGCUAUCUCCUCCUCAACGUCUCGGGCCGGAAGUACCCGCGCUUGGCCAGCCACUUCGAUCCAAACUCCCCGAUCUUCAACCGGCGGGAGAAGCUCCAGAUCGUGGCCAGCGAUCUGGGCUUGCUGGCGGUGUCCGCGGGGCUGAUCUACCUGGGCUGGAGCGCGGGAUUCGUGUGGCUGCUCAAGGUCUAUGGCGUCCCUCUCAUGAUCGUCAAUGCAUGGCUCGUGACGAUCACGUACCUCCAGCACACUCACGUCGCGCUCCCGCACUACGCGGACUCGGAGUGGGAUUGGAUUCGCGGCGCGCUCGUCACGGUGGACAGGGAUUAUGGGAUUCUCAACACGAUCUUCCACCACAUCACCGACACUCACGUCGUCCACCAUUUCUUCUCGAGCAUGCCGCACUAUCACGCCCAGGAGGCCACCGCGGCUGUGAGAUCGGUGCUUGGGCGCUACUACUUGUGCGAUAAAACUCCAGUCCUGGUUGCGAUCUGGAGGGAGUACAAGGAUUGCGUGUUCGUGGAGCCGGAUGCCGCUGGAGAGGGGAUCAUGUGGUACAAGAACAGCUUGAGCUCUUGAAGAAGAGCCCAUCAUCUAUGAUUAUCUACAGGCUUAAGUGAUCGAUUACUCAAGAAGGAUCGAUCAUUGAAAGAAAUCCUUAAAAGAAUCCAAUUGUCUUUUGGAUC